AUGUUGGGGCCUGACUAUGAUGCUGGGCCCCCGGGUCCCCCAGGGCUGCCUGGGGAGCGCAGCCCGAGGCGGCGAACACCAGAACGGAGCUUCACGACCGACGACGCGAGAAACUACUCCCCGUCGAGAACCCAGAGCCAGGAGAGAAACAGAUCUAGGGGUCGUAACGGACGAGCGCCGAGCGGGGGACAGCGGACGUGCAAAAAGUGCGGCGAGCCCUUGACGGGGCAGUUUGUGCGCGCCCUUGAUGGCACAUUCCAUUUGGACUGUUUUAAAUGUCGGGACUGUGGACAAAUCGUGGCAUCGAAAUUCUUCCCUGCGGAGGACGAUGACGGCCAGGGCCAAUACCCCCUCUGCGAAACGGACUACUUCCGACGGCUCGGUCUGCUCUGCUACCAAUGCGGUGGCGCUCUACGGGGCUCCUAUAUCACCGCGUUGGAGAGGAAAUACCAUGUCGACCACUUUACUUGCUCUCUGUGCUCGACCGUCUUCGGCGCACAGGACAGCUACUAUGAACACGAUGGCCAGGUCUACUGCCAUUACCACUACUCCACCCAAUUUGCUCAGAAAUGUAACGGAUGUCAGACGGCAAUUCUUAAGCAGUUUGUCGAGAUCUUCCGUAACGGCCAGAACCAACAUUGGCACCCGGAGUGUUACAUGAUACACAAAUUCUGGAAUGUGCGACUUGCCUCCCCGAGCGAUGCCUCGGACGAAGCGCCGCCGGUGGAUGACGAAAAGACCAGGGAGCUGGUCAAGGAGCAGGAAGAGAAGAUGGAGGAGAAGGUCUACCGCAUAUGGAGCGUUCUUUCGACAUUUGAGGAAUCAUCUGCCGCCUGCAUAUCCGAUAUGCUACUGCACGUUAGCAAUGGCGCCUAUGUGGAUGGGGUCGUUGUGGCCAAGAGGUUCAUCUGGCACGUUGAUGUUCUCUUCAGAUCCGCGGACAGGCUAGACGACGCGAUGCAGAAACUCGACAUGAAGCCCCUCUCGUACUCGCGAGAAGCAAAACUCUUGUGCAAGAAGAUUGUUCAGUUCUUUUCUCUCUUGUCCAAGACACAAGACAAGAACGCCCACAAGCUUGGGGUCACGCAGGAGCUGCUGUCACUCGUGACAGGCCUCGCCCACUAUCUCAAACUCCUAAUCCGAAUCUGUCUGCAAGGUGCCCUCCGGAUAGAAAAGGAGCAGGUGCACUCGGAGGGCUUGUACAUGUUUCUCGAUGACCUUGGCAACCUCAACAACCUGAAGGCCGAGGAUGGCUCCCUCCAAUUAACUACUGCCAUGUCACGGCUUGCAGCGAACGAGUCAGACCAAUGCGUUCACUGUCGGAAGCCCGUCGAAGACGAAUGCGCCAAGAAUGGCGACAAGAGGUGGCACAUUCCGUGUGUGACCUGCACCAGAUGCGGCAAGGAGAUGGGCCGGAGUCUACAGGAGGCGAGGCUCAAUACCUACGACCAGACCAUACUGUGCAGCAGCUGUGAAUCGUACAGCACCGAGCCCACACCCGCCUUCGAGCACGUCACGAAGCUGCAGCAGUAUGUGUUCUUGCUGCAAGUAGCACUGGCAAGGCUGCUGGAUAUUCUGAAAAGUACAGGCGCCUUGACCGCAGUGGAUGAGCCAAUGGUGAACGGAUUUGAUGCCGCCAACGGCCAUGCGCUGGAGGCGCCCCGUCUUCAGUCGGAGCUGCGGUCCAAAUCCUACGCUGGAGACAGGGAUGACCACCGUCGGGAAUCCUCAUACGAGAACACACUCAAUGAUGUAAGGCGCCUGAGGAGCACUCGUCUUGAUAAGCACUUGUCGGCCAGCUUCAGGAAAGCACGGGCAUCGCGCUUGAUGGACGACGGAGCAGAAGGUGGCCAUGGUAAUAUGCAAAGCCAGCCCAUCGAGGAAGACCAGGUUCCUGGUGAGGAGGGAGGAUCAGAUCUCAUGUUUGGCCACCAAGACGCCUUGACCUUGGAUGACAUACCCCGCAUCGUCGCUGCUGAACAGGCCAGAGAGCAGCGGCCUGCCUACAAACCUGGGCGACAAGAACUAUUCAGGUCUCCAGCAACAGAGCCGUUCAUCGGAGCGGGGCAGGGCAGGUCACGCUCAGCAGGACGUGCUGGCGAGCCUGGCUUCGGGGACCCAUCACCGCAACGAGGCGGGGUGAAAUACUUCUCUGAGCUGUCACCAGUGGAAUACUUCAUCGUCCGUCAUCUUGCGGUCCUCACGAUGCACCCAAUGAUACAGGAUGAGUUCACGAUUGACGAGCUCAUUAACCUCAUCGAGUCCAAGAAGCCUGCAACCUUCUGGAACAAGUUCGGCAAGGCCUUCAAAAAUGACAACAAGAAAGCUGUCAAGAAGAAGGGCAUCUUUGGCGUGCCACUAGAAAUCGUCAUUGAACGGGAUGGCGCCGACUCCACUGAUGGUAUCGGCCCAGGAACCCUCCGUAUACCCGCCAUCGUUGACGAUCUGGUGGCAACCAUGAAGAAGAUGGACCUCUCUGUCGAGGGUGUUUUCCGCAAGAACGGCAACAUCAAGAAGCUCUCCGAGACCGUUGAGAAGAUUGACCGUGAAGGUUGUGAGAAUAUCAAUCUGAGUUCUCAGCCCGUUGUUCAGGUCGCGGCACUGUUGAAAAAGUAUCUCCGCGAACUACCGGAUCCCCUGAUGACAAACAAGCUCUACCGGUUGUGGUUGACAGGAGCAAAGAUACAAGAUGAGGACAGGAGGCGGCAGUUCAUACAUCUUGUGUGCUGCCUACUUCCCAAGUGCCAUCGAGACUGUCUGGAGAUUCUUCUAGCCUUCCUCAAAUGGGCAAGCAACUUCCACCAGGUAGACGACGAGUCUGGAUCCAAGAUGGACAGCAAGAAUCUCGCGACCGUCAUUGCGCCCAACAUUCUCUACAACCCCUUGAAAGGACCUGCUCUCGAUAGCGAGCCGAUGUUGGCCAUCAUGGUCAUUGAGACUCUGAUCAACGAUGUGGAAUCAAUGUGCCUUGUGAGCAUCAUCCAUACGCGAGUGCCUGAUAACUUUGUCGACGUCCUGACCGACCCUACAUGCAGCAAGGAUGACAUCACUACCAAGGAGAUUCUAAAGCGCUUCGGCGGAAGGGUGAACGGCGGCCAUGGCAUCCUUCAUGAUGCUAGCAUCGACAACCCGACCAGGCCUCUUGCUAGGAGGGUAGAGACCGACCCAGAGGCACGCGUACCAGGUUGGCAGGAACCCAAUGCAUCGUUUGCCCAGACGCCGAACCCGUCUACUCCCCCGCAAAAGUGGCGCAAUCCAGAUGAUCCUCAAACAUCACCUUUCGUUACGCGUUCCUUUGAAGAUCAGGACCAACGGCGGGAAUGGAGGAACUCGACGCCAGGGCGGCCUUCAGGGAACUCGGUCGGCGUAGGAGGAACGGGUUAA